GCUCCUCCAGCCACAGCCAUGUCCUGCUACGACCUGUGCCGGCCCUGCGGCCCCACCCCGCUGGCCAACAGCUGCAACGAGCCCUGUGUCCGGCAGUGCCAGGACUCGCGGGUCAUCAUCGAGCCGUCCCCCGUGGUGGUCACCCUGCCCGGGCCCAUCCUCAGCUCCUUCCCCCAGAACACCGCCGUGGGAUCCUCCACCUCCGCCGCCGUGGGCAGCAUCCUGAGCGAGUCCGGGGUCCCCAUCAACUCGGGGGGCUUUGGGCUCUCGGGGCUCUCUGGCCUUGGUGGCCGCUACUGUGGCCGCAGGUGCCUGCCCUGCUAG